GCAAACUCGGCAGUGCUAACGAUCUUGUAAAGUGAAAGUACGUUGUCAAGGAAGUUGUUUUCUCGAAAGGAAAAUCGUUAAGUACGCUCCCAGGAGAAAUCGUAAGACUGAUUUAAGAAUCGUACCGAAAAACGUGUUAAGAAUUCUAGUGAAAACGGACAUCUAUUUUCUGGCAAAUAGUAUUGCAAUACUGGGAAUGUAAAAAGACAAUGAUUUAAAUGCCGAGGUGCGGAUGAGUAAUCAUGUUUAUAUUUUGGAAGUUAAAAGCUAUGUUGUCAUGCAUCGACAUGUCAGACGACAUUUAAGCAACGGACGGGGAGAACGUGUGCUGUACAAAGGUGACUGGUUGACUUUUAUACACGUAGUUGUGUCAGGGACAGAUCCAGCCAAUGACUUGGGUACACAGUGCGAUCGUUUUCCUAUAUCUUACGUAUUAUAUCACAAUGGUAAAUUCCGGACUGUGUCCUUCGCCAAAAGAAACCGUAUCAUAUGUGCCAUCAUGUCCAAGGACACAACAAGAAUGGAAAAUGAGAGCACAGAUUAAAAACUGCUUGCAUGUUUUCCAGCAGUGUUCUAAUCCACAUUUAUAUGUUUACCACUGUGUGAUCAAUAGUUACGUGAAUGCAACGAUCGAAGUAUGUGCUCCAGGCGCAUAUAUCAUCGGUCAGCACUGCGUGGAGUUUAAUAUAUUAGGCGACGUAAUACAAGAAAAUCAGUAUGCAAGCUGUGCACCAUUCUGUCCAUUUUCUUACAACUCUACAGAUGCAUUUAAAUAUCAGGUUUGUUACGAGAAAACAAGACCGACUAAUGAUGAUGUCUAUGUAGUUGGCGACAUUUGUUCCGCAUGCAUUUGUCCAAACAAAACUGGAAACGCUGGUUUCAAUUUCUCAACGAACAGCAACAAGAAUGAGGCAACAGGUACGAGCAACUGCUGUCUGAUUCCACACAUCGUAUAUCCGUGCCUUAUCUUUAUCGGGAUUUGUAUCACCAUUGUUGCUGUACGAUUUAGAUAUCAACUAUGUCAUCAUUUGUGGUGUAAACGAAAUAAACCAGAUGACAAAGAUAAAGCAACGUUGGAAGACAGAUUGAUUGAGGAUAAAGUUCACACGACUAUUCUCGAUGAAGAAAUGCAUGAAACAGGGAUGAUACAAAGACAGGGAGAACCAGACACUCAGCUGAAUGCGAAUGACAACGAUAAUGCAACGUUGGAAGACAGAUUGAUUACGACUAGUCACGAUGAAGAAAUGCAUGAAACAGGGAUGAUACAAAGACAGAGAGAACCAGACACUCCGCUGAAUGCGAUGUUAUUUUCAGGUGAUGAGCACAAUGGAACUCUGGAAGACAGACCGAUUAAAGGUGAAGCAGUGAAGCAGACAGAAGCAGCGCCUCAGCUAAAAACGGAUACUGUUGUGAUAGCCAUAGACAUUGGAGAAAAAUUCUGGGGACUUGCAUAUUCCCAUCCGAAGAAGCCAGGUAGAAUUAUACCACUGGAUUCAAAAGACAUGGAAAAAAUAUCGUUUCUUAUUGAAGACAACGAGAAGAUCGACAAAAUUGGGAAAGAUGCAACGGAGAAAUACUUGAAGAUGAAAAAAGAUUUGCAAAAAUACAAAUUUUUUGAUAAGAUCACCUUGGAAAGCGAUACAGUGAAUGAGACUAAAGUUAAAUCCAAGGAGAUUUUCAAAAGAUGGGCAGAGAAAUCAUUUCACAUACUAUUUUGUGAAAUCGACACUAAGUUCGGAGCGAUACCAGACGAGUAUAAAAUUGAAUAUGUCAUAUCCGCAGACCGACACUGGAAAAGCAAAAGGAAAAUAAUGAGAGAUGCUGUAUGUGAAAUUGAGCCAGGAAAUAUGACUAAAAAUAGAGGAUAUAUCAAAGAAUCAGACAUAUUUUUCAUCAAUAAAGUACAGACAAUUAAGUUUUUUAUGCAUGGCGUAAAACCUGAUGUCACCUGCUUCAAUUUCGACGUCGACAAUCUCCGAGUAGACGGAAGUACAACCUACGCUGUUCUUAAUGUUGGAUUUGGUUCUUGUCAUCUGACUCUUCUCAAAGGAGAUGAUUCACAGAGAGCUUUAGACAAAAUAAUAAAAAUGACAUGGAGACUAGCAUGGGAUACUGAGGAUAAACAAUGCUCGCCCGAGAGUGAGCUAAUGGAUUUGUUGUUCCGUAAAAUUUUCGGUAUAACGUUCUUUGAAAAAUGGAUUAGCGACAAUCCUCGGCAAAAAUUCUUGUUGAUGACAAAAUUUGAGAAAAGCAUCAAGGAAAUGAUUAAAUGUGAUGACGGUAACGUGGCAUUUGAAUUCAAACUACCUAAAAGCAUAUUGGAUUCAUAUCCACUUGACAUAACACAUGUCAGAAAAUCUGUGGAAAAGAUUUACCAGACAACAGAAAUGAAAAUGAAAGAAGAUGAUAGUGAUCUUUUGUUCGAGUGCGGGUCGAUAUUAUUGAGGAGAUGUUUUACAAAAAUGAAGAAAUCAGUGGAUGACGUAAUUAAAAAAGAGGGGGAAUGGUUUAUGAAGCACAAUGUCCAAAGUGUAUUCAUAAUAGGUGGAUACAAUACCAUGAAAUUAAUUAAGGACGCUUCGAAAACAGAUUGGUUUGUAGAUAAAACAGUGACAAUUCCGACAGAUGCUGGAUUAUGUUAUGCAAUGGGGGCGGCUUACGCCGGGCUCACGGUGGGUUUAGAUCUAAGUGGAUAGAAAAUAGACGAUGUCAGCUGUAGAAAGAUUUUAGACCGAAAUGACACCUAAAACAGCAUCAGAUGAUAUCUGUCUUACGGUGAAUUUCGAUCGAAGCGUUUCAUAGAAAAUGUGACUGAGGAAGAUUGUCGAGUUUUACUUCCUAAGUAAGUGAUGAUGAUAUUUUGACCGAAGUGAUGAUGAUAUGUGACAACAUCUGAAGGAUUUAGAUGGAAGGGAUACUUAGAACUAUGGAUGUUAACGAAUAUUCGGCUAUUCGAAUGUCCUUGGAUACCAUCGACGUUCAAUCAAUUAUUUCUUAUUCGAUCAGGCGAAAAAAAAAAUAGCUUGAAAAAAAUAGUACUUCUAUCAACCGCAACCGUCUGCAGUGGAUAAAAUGAUUUUUGUUGUUGUUGUAAUGACAAACUCUUUACAAAGUGUAUCAAAAGCACCGUUAACAGUUAUGUUCUUUCUAAAUGUAUAUAUGUUCUAAUGGGUGAAGAUAUUUAACAUGCCAUAAUUUUGCAUUUCAUUUGGAAUAAAUAAAGUUUCAUGCAUGCUG